AUGCGAUACGAUAAAAUCACGUACAGCGCCCCGUCCAUGCCCAGUCGAGCGAACGAGUUGAGGUCGGUUGAAGAUGAAAACAAAGAAAUAAAAUAUAAGGAAGAAGAAGCAUUGGUGGAUAAAAAUGACGGUGUUUUAAAAAAUAAAUUGGAGUUUUCAAGAUGUAAUACUGGGAAUAGCAUACAACUAAAUGAAAAUAACGCUUUUGUUAAUAACGAUUCGUCCACACAUGGAAACGACUCAGACGAUAAGGAAUGUGAACCGCGCAACAACCGUCAAAGUAACAAUAAUUUGCAAGACCAUGAAAAAAUAUCUACUUUGAAAGAAGUGAUCGAACAUGUUAUAUCUAAUAAAGCCAUACAAAAACAACCGAGUGUCGGUGAAAUUUCGUCCAAAUCGAAGCAUAGUGAAAUCGAAAGUACGACGGAAAACCAUGAAGAGGAAAAAAAAGAAAACAUAAAAUCAAUAGAGGAUAAAGAAGAAAUACAGGAAAACGAAAUUCGAGAAACUGCAAGUCCUAGUCAGUCUGACUGCAGUCGAGCAACGCGUUGGGAAGCGCUAGCAGACAUGGCCGCCGAGCUCCCGCCGUCUCUUACUAUCGAUCCUAUCACCGGUCACAUAUAUGCACUUAGUAAA